AUGCCAGAUACGCCAUCACCAAGUUAUUCGACAUUGACAUCUCCAAUGUCAAUGGCAUCACCCCCAACAUCCCUACCUAUCAACCUUCAUUGCAUUAUUCAGAACACCACCCAAAUCUUCCACAACACUGGAUACACCAUCACCAAGUUAUUCAACAUUGAUGUCUCCAGCAUCAACAGCAUCACCCCCAACAUCCCUACCCAUCAACCUUCAUCACAUUAUUCAGAACACCACCCAAAUCUUCCACAACACCAGAUACACCAUCACCAAGUUAUUCAACAUUGCCAUCUCCAGCAUCAAUGGCAUCAUCCCCAAUACCCCUGCCCAUCAACCUUCAUCGCAUUAUUCAGAACACCACACAAAUCUUCCACAAUGCCAGAUACACCAUCACCAAGUUAUUCAACAUCAAUGUCUCCAGUGUCAAUGGCAUCACCCCCAAUACCCCCAGGUAUGGAGGACUGUACUGCAUGCACUGUCUCAGCUGAGUUCGUCAUUCCAGCUGUACCUACCAUGUACCUUACAAGUAGUGGUGCUCAUAACUCUCACCAUCCCAAAUGCAAAACAUUCAAUGUUAACCUAAUUCCAUGCCCGCAUCCUGGUUGCUCCUGCACUUUCAAGAAUAGAUCUGGGCUCACACAACACCGGCACACAAUCCAUAGUUUCUCAUUUGAAAUGCCAAGGGAAGCUCCUCUGAGUGAACCACAUGAAGACACCAAUUGUUGGCAGCCCGCAAAUGAUGGUGAUAUUGAGAUGGAUGAUCAACCUGUUGGUGGUGAGACAAAUAACAAAACUUUGAACAGCACACAUUGUGACUAUCAUCUUCAACUAGACACUCGUAUAUGUGAUGAAGUGGGAAAUUUUAUUCACCCAAAUACACCUCCACCUCCCUACACCUCUCGGGCCCCAGACAACUGGACACCUUACCACAAUCAAACCAAGUUCGAGACAGCCAAAUUUCUCUAUUCAAAAGUCCAAAUGUCUGCAGGUGAUAUCGACAAACUUAUGCAGUUGUGGGGCACUACACUUGCAAAACACAAUGACGCCCCUCCAUUUUCAGACCACUGUGAUUUGUAUUCGACUAUCAACAACACACCAGUUGGAGACGUCCCAUGGAAAUGUUUUUCGAUGAGAUACAAUGCUAAGGACAGUGAUAUGAACAAGAGUGCGCCAUGGAUGGACAAAACAUACACCACAUGGUUCCAUGAUCCACGCACUAUAAUACAUAAUGUGCUCGCCAAUCCAUAUUUCAUGGAUGCAAUGGACUAUGUACCAUACCGGGAGUUUGUUGGAGAGGGUGAUGAUGCAAAGCGCCAAUGGCGCAAUCCAAUGUCAGAUAAUUGGGCAUGGGACCAAGUGGAUGAGAUCGCAAAAGAUCCCCAUACACAUGGUGCAACCUUUGUUCCUGUAAUCCUUGGAAGUGACAAAACAACAGUUUCAGUAGCAACCGGACAGAACAAUUACUACCCACUCGACGACGAAUGUUGUGCACGCUGGCCGGUCCGCCAAACCAAGCCUACCACCACCCUUCUCCAACAUUCUGAGAAGAUGGCUCUCCCAUCACAAACCAAGGCUAUCAAUGCCUUUCGUGCAGCAGAGGCUGUGAAGUUGCCUGAUACUCGACAUGCUUCUAAUGCUGGCGCUGAUCAAGCCACCCCCAGCAUAUCGCUGAAUUCACCUCCGGGUGACACUGCACCAUCAGGUUCAAGCUCGGCUGCACUCGAAAAGGAUAAGAGGACUCGCGUUGAAGAAGUUCUUGACGACAAGUCUGGUGGCAAGGAACAUGAAGAUGCACGCACCAAUCCACGACAAAAACGGUUGUGCAAAUUAGCUGCACCGGUUGAUGAUUUAGUCGACAAUGAUGGUAUUCCGAUCGAUGUCGACGUCCAACCUAUUGCAGACAUGGCUCCUCCAACAUGCAAAGGCAAAACUGCCGAUCUCAAUGCGUUUUUUGGUGCGAUGUUCGAUCAUGCAGAAACUAAUGGUAAGGUUAAAAAGCAUCAAAAGUGCAAGAUAUGUUUGAAGCAAUGUAUUCUUGUGAAUGAAUCUACGACACUUCGUCGUCACGCCGAGGCUAAUUUUGCGGGAAAGUAUCGACAGUGGGCAAAGAAGCACUCUUUUGAGUCUAUGCUACCUGGCGAUAUCAAAGCUCAGAAGGAGAAAGCCGAGCAGGUGCAGCAGACCAUCAAUUCGCACCUGACUGAACGCAAACUUGCUGAGUGA